AUGUCGCCCCCGGCAAUGGUUUCUGGCCGCGAGAAGGAGUCGGGUCUGGCCCGACUCCUUGGUUCCGGCUCCGCUGGUAUUGCCGAGCUGGCCGUCUUCCACCCCGUCGACACGAUUGCGAAGCGAUUGAUGAGCAACCAGACUCGGAUCACCAGCGCCAGCCAGCUCAACCAGGUCAUCUUCAAGGACAAGGCCGGCGCGCCCAUCGGCCGCAAGUUCUUCUCUCUGUUCCCCGGCCUGGGCUACGCCGCCGGUUACAAGGUCCUGCAGCGGAUAUACAAGUAUGGCGGUCAGCCCGUGGCGCGCGACUAUCUCGCGCAGCACUACGGCAAGGACUUUGAGGCGGCGUUCGGCAAGAAGACGGGCAAGGCCAUCAUGCACUCUACGGCCGGCAGCUUGAUCGGAAUCGGCGAGAUUGUCCUCCUUCCCCUCGACGUCCUCAAGAUCAAGCGCCAGACGAACCCGGAAGCCUUCAAGGGCCGAGGCGUGCUCAAGAUUGUCCGCGACGAGGGUUUCGGCCUCUACCGCGGCUGGGGCUGGACUGCCGCCCGCAAUGCCCCGGGCUCCUUUGCUCUGUUUGGUGGCUCGGCCUUUGCCAAAGAGUACCUGUUCCACCUCCAGGACUACAACAAGGCGAGCUGGUUCCAGAACUUCGUGGCCUCGAUUGCCGGCGCGUCGGCGUCGCUCGUCGUCUCCGCACCGCUCGAUGUGAUCAAGACGCGUAUCCAGAACCGCAACUUUGACAACCCGGAGAGCGGAUUCCGCAUCCUGUCCAACAUGGCCCGCCAGGAGGGCUUCUCGAGUUUCUUCAAGGGCCUGGUGCCUAAGCUGCUCAUGACGGGACCCAAGCUGGUGUUCUCGUUCUGGCUCGCGCAGACGCUCAUCCCGGCGUUUGACACCGCCUUCAAGCGAUAA